GAAGAUUCGGUGAACCUCAAAUUAGUUGACCGGAGAUGUAGAAGAUGAACCAGAAAUUCUGACCUGGCUGUUAAAAGUGUAAUAUCGCUAAUUUGCAGAUAAAUACGUAUGAUAACCACGCAUUAGUACGGUGUUCAGAAAUUAACGCACACUGUGAAUGAUGCGUUAUCAGUUAAAAGUGCCGUCUUCAUACAGAAGUCUCCUUCGAGGAUGUCUUAUGAUCAUUAUAAUAAUCUUCGUCAUCGAAUCACUUAUCAUCAACACAGUGCUCUUGUAUUAUAUAUGGAGUGCAAUUGCAAUUCUAAGUGAUUUUUCUACCUCAGGGAGAACGUUAAUAGACACACUUGCAACUUACAAAACAUUCCAAAACAUAGUUUUCUCAGGAAAGGAUCAAGGAUUUAGAAAGUUUAUUGACAAUACCAUUGGAAGAUUAUAUAUUGAAAACGAUAUCACUGCAUACUGUAUGUCAGAUGAACUGUACAAAGAAAAAAGAAUUGAGCAUUUACCAGUGACAAUCAGUAGAAUUGGAUUUGAUGUGUCCAGUUCAGGUGAAGUUAUGGCUAUUUUGCGGCAAAUGCAGAGUCAGAAAUCCAAACCUUGGGCCAGGCUUGUGGUUGAUAUCGGGGCCAAUGAUGGCCUUAUGUCCAGUAACUCUUUCAAUUUUAUACAAAUGGGCUGGAGUGCAAUACUUGUAGAACCUCAGAAUUCCCAGCUGGAUUUAGCAAGGAGAAACCAUAUCGGAUUGACUAACCAGCACCAAGACCAGCGUGUCCAGUACGUUCAGGCUGUGAUAAGUGACCAUGAUGGUCAAGAAAGACUCUAUUUAUCCCCAGAUAUAGUUGCCAUGGAAAGCAGGGUUGUAUCGAAUGAACUCCUAAAUGAUCAUUCCAUCAUCACAGUGACAAGCUUGUCAGUGAAGACGUUUGCCUUGAAAUAUAAAGUGCCGAAGUAUUUUGGAAUCUUAUCCAUUGAUACGGAAGGAAUGGACGCAAAGCUCGAUGUCAUUUUCGCACGCUCAGAUUCUACACCAGUGGAUACAACUUGGAUACAGGCCGAUAUACAUUGUAGUGGAGUAUCUGCACCAGAAGGAGCAGGACAUGACGACAAGUUUACUGAUGGAAGAAGGGUAUUCAUAUCUCAUGAAGAAAGGAUACAAUUUCAUAUUUCAAUACAACAUAGAUCUUAUGCAAGGUGAUGAAACCUGAUAAAAACUUGAACUAUAACAGGUUGUUUAGAAGAUGCACAUUUCACGUUUGAAGGAAGGAUGGGAGCCGAAAUUCUCAGGGAACUAUGUAGUAAGUGGGUUAAGUUGUACGCUAUCAGUGAUUUUUUUUGGUGCAAUUUACUGCCUUCUAAAGGCUGUUUCCCCUUGUGAAAAAUGUCCAUUUUCCCCAAAAUUUUAUAUUUUCCCCCAAUUUGAUUAAUGUAGAUUACAUUAAUGAAUAAAACCCCCAAUGAAUUUCUUGAAAUAUAAACAAAAUCUUGACAAUACUUACUUUUCACAGCAUAAUGUAUGCAUAAAAAGUUAGGACAUGUAUAUAUAAACCAUUAUAUUAGCUAUUUUGGCCUGAUUUUGUAUUUUUCCCAAAGUCAACUUUUUUUCCCAAUUUUCAAGGCACAGGCGGUAAAAAUAAUUCCAAAACAAAUCACUGGCUAUCAUGGAUGAUAAAAAUGAGGAUUAAUCUCGAAAUCAGGAUUCAAAGCUACAAUUCUUGACGGUCAUAUAUUUGCUCUUUUGCUAGACAUGUACAUUUACAAUAAAAAGAAGCAACUUGUAAUGGACAUUGAUGGGUCUAAAAUGAAUUCCAAAGAGAUCUUAUUUGCUUUGGGCAAGAAUCCAGCUUAUUCAAACUAAAUUUAGCAUUUUUAGAAUUGGGAUUUUUAGUCUAUUGUCAUCCCUGAUAUUACACAUGAAGACCCUCUAUUAGAAUAUUACCUUGUAUCUAUUAUGUCAUGUUGAUUUUAGAUUUCAAUGCAAGCUAGGUUUUGAGGAAAUUGACAUGGUGCUAAAUCAGAUAUAAACUGCCCUCGAUAAUCACUUACUGGUUCCAAGUCCACAUGCAUUUGUUUGUCCACAUGUGACAUGCAAAUCUCCCCAUUGGUUUAAAAGUAAUGAAUAUUAAUAACAGCAUGUCCAUUGCACCUUGUCGAGGUUGUUAAUUUAAGAAUUUCAAUGUAUCCAUUGGAUAACAGGGCCAUGUGGUAUUGUUUACUUAAACAUAAAAAUAAUACUAUUUGUCAAAUUAUUCAAGCUACCUCAGUAUUAUAACUGACUUGCUUUCUACCUCUUAUGUUUGUUCAUUAUGAUAAAAGGUUUUAAGUGAUUUUAUUAAAUACAGUCGAAACCUGU